ACUGUCGUUUCUGCCCCAGAACUAUUUUUAGCAAAUCCCCGGCCUCCGUGCCCUCCCCACCCCCCACCAAGUGUAAAGAGCCGGGCCUGGGCUUCCAGGGUCGUGUUCCCUAACCAGGCUUGGCCGAUGGACCGGGAGACGCGCACCUUCGCCGAGAUGCACUUCCGGAACCUGGGGGGCCGAGUCUAUGGCGCCGGCGGACCAGCGCCCAGCCGCGUAGCCUUCAUCCAGGCGCCUGAGACCUUCUCGUACGCGGACUUCGUGAAGGGCUUCCUGCUGCCAAACCUGCCCUGCGUGUUCUCCAGCGCCUUCACCGAGAGCUGGGGCAGUCGGCGACGCUGGGUGACGCCCGCGGGGAGACCCGACUUCGAGUACCUGCUGCGGCAGUACGGAGAUGUGGUUGUGCCAGUUGCCAACUGUGGAGUGCGGGAAUACAACUCGAACCCCAAGGAGCACAUGCCCUUCCGCGACUACAUCAGCUACUGGAAGGAAUAUAUCCGGGAUGGCUACUCCUCCCCACGGGGCUGCCUCUACCUCAAGGACUGGCACCUGUGCAGAGACUCUUCAGAGGAAGACUUGGAAGAUGUGUUCAUCUUGCCAGUAUACUUCUCAUCAGACUGGCUGAAUGAGUUCUGGGAUGCCCUGAAUGUGGAUGACUACCGCUUUGUCUAUGCUGGGCCCAGGGGCUCCUGGUCGCCCUUCCAUGCAGACAUCUUCCGCUCCUUCAGCUGGUCUGUCAACAUCUGUGGGAGGAAGAAGUGGUUGUUCUUCCCGCCAGGUCAGGAGGAGGCCCUGCAGGACUGCCAUGGCAACCUACCCUAUGAUGUGACCUCCCUUGAGCUUCAAGACACCCGCCUGUACCCCAGGCUCAAGGACAGCAGCCCACCCCUUGAAGUUGUGCAGGAGGCUGGUGAGAUGGUAUUUGUGCCCAGCGGGUGGCACCACCAAGUGUACAAUCUGGAUGAUACCAUCUCCAUCAACCACAACUGGGUCAAUGGCUGCAACCUGGCCAACAUGUGGCACUUCCUGCAGCAGGAGCUCAGGGCUGUGCAGCAGGAAGUCAGUGAGUGGAAGGACUCCAUGCCUGACUGGGACCAUCACUGCCAGGUCAUCAUGAAGUCCUGCUCAGGGAUCAAUUUUGAAGAAUUCUACCACUUCCUCAAGGUCAUUGCUGAGAAGAGACUCCUUGUCCUGAAGCAGGGGACAGACAUGCUUCCUGGGGACAGCACGGGCCUAAAGCUAGGCCUGCAGCAGGCUGCAUUUGACGUUGGCCGCCUUGCAGAUGUGCUGGCCUCUGUGGCCGCACACCCUGACUUUCAGAGAGUAAACACCAGCUCAUUCUCACCACAGCCCAAGGAGCUACUCAGGCAGCUGGAGGAUGCUGUGGCCACCGCUGAGGCCCUUUAGCACCUGUGGGAGGUUGUGAUGCAGGAGGGCAGCUCCCUGCCUUAGGGUCCCUCUGGAAGUACAUACAGUCCUCCCUUGAGGCCAGAUGUGCCCCUGCUGGGCAGAUACAGCUCUUUUUAGGUGGUCUGAUGCAAUCUUGCCCAUCUAUGGCUGUUUCCUAGGGUCCAGGCCUUCAGUAUUGGGUUUGGUCUAUUCAGAAUGGGACCAACUCCUGAGGUGGUUAGUAACGAGAUGGGUUUGUCAAUAUGCCUGCAAACCUGCUAGGGAAUUGAACUCCAAUGGUGCCCUUGUGAGUAUAUUUCCUUGGAGCUCCUCCCACCUCCACCCACCUACCCUAGUUAGCCCAUGACUCCUGAGUGAUGGGUAUCCUAUCUGCUGGUCCUGAGAUCUCCUCAGAGGCUGCUCUGUGCUCCAUAGCCUAUGCUUUGGUCACUUGCAUACAUCCAGUCACCCUUUAAGCCUUUUUGUCCUCUGGUUCUGUCCUGAGAGUUCUGGGUCCCGGCUGGACCAGGAGGAGUUGGCCAGGGUGUGGGAGGUUGAAGCUGGCUUAUUAGUCUGGGGGUUGUUGGCCUGUGUCUAGAGGCACAGGCUGGGUAGCUGAAAAAUCCAGCCACUGGCCCAGCCAUCUCCCCAGAAGGGAGGCAGUGGUGAAGAGGGAAGGGUUUUCUUUCUCACCUCAACUGUUCUGGACCUGGGCUACCCUAGGAGGGCAGGCCCACCCCAGAGCAGAAGCUUGGAGAGCCCAGUCUGGGGUCACUUCUACCGUUCAGGUCAGCACACCCCAUUGUCCCUCAGUCUUGGGCAGGGCAGGGCCUGCCCUUACUGUCCACAGUAGGUUCUCCGUGUCUAAGGUAGAGGCAAGCAAGCUCUUCCCUCUGGCCUGCAUAGGGCUCCAUGGCACCCUGUUCUUUGUGCUGCUCUUUUCUUGCUGCUGCUCCCAAGAGCAGCAGGUACAGCUGAGAGGACAGUGCUGUGAGGCUUGUGUAAGAACAAGCUGCUGCUCUGGGCCCUGGCCCGAUGACACUGGGCGUGUGGAUCACAUUGGCAGUCAGAAGCAAUGUUGCCUUAACUUGUAUCCCUUGAGAACCAAGCUGGGGCCUCAUGGGAAGAGGAAAAUCUUAUGAAGGGUGGCCACAGUCCUUGUAGUGGCUCUAUGCCAGGCCUGGGCCCUGAGAUGCACCCUUUCAUCCCUAGGAUAACACUGAAUGGGGUCUCCUAGGAACUGUUUCAGAGAGCCACCUGAGGCUUGGAGCACUGCACUGUGUUUCUAAGACACAGCCUGUGGCUGCCCUGCAGGGUGGCAGUCCACACUGCUCACCUUGUGAGCUGCAGUCCCACACUGGCUGGGCAUGUGCAGGAGUGUCAGCACCAGCGAGCUGGUCUCAUCUCUGUUGGGAUCACCAGGAGCAGCUGGAGCUCAGGUGGAGAUCCAGCUCAGUGCCUCUAGCCACAGGUGGGAUGUUGUGCCCAGGAAGAGGGCUCAUGGUAUGGGCAAAUGAAGUGUAAGUACAGUCAUUCAUUAGAGUCUAGCCCAGGCUAACCUGGAAUGAGUGUACUUACACUUCAUUUGCCCACUAAGUAAUGGCAGCACUUCUGUUCCACAGCCAGUACCGACAGCACUGCCACAGUGAGUCCUUUCCAAGCAUCCCGAGGUAGAUAAGGUCCUUAGUCCCGUGCUUGUAGGCUCCUAACGGGAGUGGGGCCAGACGCCCCGGUUUCCUCCCUACCUGGAGCCAGUUCACACAUGAAGCCCAGCAGCUUAGGAGCAACUCAGUUUACCUCCCUGCCUCCAGAUGGGCAAAAAUUUUUAGAGUUUGACACCCAGGACCAUAUGUAACACAAGCAGCAGCCACUGUUAGGAAGGAGGAGACUCCUCCUGUUGUCUGCUGAUAACACCGGUGUCCAGAGCCAUAGCUUGCACCAAGCUACAGCUGUAUACAGUGUCUUUAAGAACCUAUGCUUAGCAACAGUCUGUUCAGCCUUCAGAUGGUGUCACCUAUUGCUGAUGUGUGCAGCAAAGAAUUAGUAUUUCACCAUGUGUUAUGAAACUUCAUUUUGCCUUUGAACACAUCCUGUUGCCUCAACCUCCAGCCUUAACUUACUGCAGCACAUGUGGUCCUAUUGUGACACUCUGUCAUUCCCAAGUAGAUGUUUUUUGGAGAACCUGUAAUUUAGGUUGGAAAUUAAAUAUGUCCUUGACCCAA